AUGGGUCAGCAUUCUUCGCGCCCUCCUGUGGACUCUUUGCAGAGAUCUGGAGGAUCGGACCCCAUCACCGGCUUUUUGCUACGGCAGAAGCGGUUACGGCGCUGGGACUGGCAAAAGGUCGUGGCAGAUGGUGAUACACUGCUGAUUUUCUCGUGGCCUCGUGGUCGACAGUUGGAGACGCUGCAUUUAUCAGAGAUUGCGGAGGUUGAUACUCUCUUGCUGGUAGCUCCAGGGGCCCUGGUGGUACCGCUAGGCUUUCGUCGCGGUGCACCGAGCAAUGCCACUGGCUGCGGCAGUGGGAUCGCUCCACAUGAUGCUGCAUUUGCUUUGAGGCUACAGGAUGGCAAGGAAGUGGUGUUUUGUGCUGAAACUGCGGAACAGAGAAGUGCCUGGAUGAAAGCAUUGGAAGACUGGCGCUCACAGCCGGCACAAACUGCAGAAGGCCCAUUGCCAAGCCUCCCAGUUCCAGUACAAACUGAGACUCCUCCGGAAGGAGGCAAGGGCAAAAGCAAAGGAUGCAAAGGGAAAGGCCCACCACUCCCUGCAGCAAAGUCUACUCUGAAGGCGAAGGCAAAGCAAGGGCCAAGCCAUGCCCCAAAGAUCCACGGAUUGCUGGCAAGCAGGCAAGCAAAAGAUGUUGCAAACACCAUUUUCGAAGGUGAGACGGACCUUACGGCUCCGGAGUGUCCUUCUCCCACGGCGAAGGGUUUGGCACCUUUGCUGGAUCAGUUUGCAGCAAAGCCAGCGGCAGCCGAUCCUGCAGCCCCAGCUGGUCAGGGAAAGGGUCCAUUGCGACGACAUGACGAUGGUGUGCAACUCAUCGACCGCCAGUUUGCGCAGAAUUUGGCAAUUGCCAUGGUCCGCGUGAAGGUGCAGCAUUUGGCAGAUGCAGCAGCAAAGAUGUCACCAAAAUAUGCCAGGUUCCAAGACGCACGCGACUGGGACCAAGCUGACAACUUGGUUCAAACCCUGACAAACAAACCAGACCAAGAUCCGUUGGACAAGAUCCGGAAAUACCUUGAGGAGGGCAAAGAACUCUCCAAACUUCGAGACAUAGAGCAACGACUGGCACCGCUUGCGCCGAUUCCACGUGCGCUGGUGCGGUUGCAGCUGAUCCUGUUGGCUCACACGCUGGACUCUGAUGUCCAAGCUGCCAGGAUAAAACUACAGACCUUGGUGGAAACGACAAAUGUGGUGAAGAAUUGCGCGUUGAUGAAGGAUGUUGUGAAGCUGAUUCAGGAGACCUUGAAGUGGAACGAGGCACCAGGUUCACAAAGAUCGACCUGGAGGACGACGAGUCCGGUGUUCCCAGUGGGAAAGCAGUUGGAGCGACUCAGCGCCUUGAAGCCCACUGGAAAUUUGCUGCCAAAGAGAUUUCCGCGCUACAACUAUGUGCAUUUGCUAGCAGAGGUCAUGCUCUUCAAGCUCGAUGUGCCACUGGCGGAGGAUCCCUUUGCUGAUGCAGUACCUAGCCUCAAGACUGCAAGUCAGGCAAGUCCAGACUUAGUAUAUGAGGAGCUGCAAAAGGUCUCAGAGGGCCUACGAAUGACAAGCAAUGAGCUGUGCAAGAAUGCAGCCUCCUAUGGAGACGGCGCAGAAGAGGAAAAAGAACCUCGAGAAGCGCAGGUCUUUCACAUUUGUAGUGAUGCAGUUGAGGCACCGGAUAUCCAAGUCAUCCAAAUGGACGACGAAUCCGAAGUAAGCAGAGAAGAUCAGCUCUCCAGCAAUCAAGCUUCCAACGAGGCUCCAGUGCUACGUGGCUGGCGCGUGCAAGUGCUGCGGCUACCCUGGCGUCCCAAAGGGAGCUUUUGGAGAGAGGAUUGGAAAGCAGACAGGGAAGACGGCAGGCAAGGGGCGACCCUAUGGGUUCUGCAGCCGCGCCUCUUCCGGCGGCCACAAUGGGUGAAGUGCUUUGCGACUGUUCGGAUGAGGCAUUUGGUGCUGCAACAAGUUGAGGAGCAUCAGCAAGAAGUUGCAAUCACCUUACCAGGCUCAGAGGCGCUUCAGCUGACAUCUCUUUUGGCUUCGGACGUUGCAAAGUGGCUGGGCUCGCUCAAUGUGGCAGGCUUCGAGCUAUUGGCCGAUGGUGCACGCUACCUCUUCAGUGUUGCUCCGGAAGAGGCCAGGGCCUGGAUUGAGCGGCUGAACACAGAUGCCCAACGCAGAGGUGCAGGUUGGCUGGUCAUGGCGGAUGUCAACAGCACCGUCCGAGCAGAGCAUGUUUGGGCAGUGGUGCAGGACGACGUUAAGCAGCUUCACUGCUUUGAAUCACCUCUGGACUACGUGAUGCAGAACCCCUCCAGGAUCACUUUCUUCCUUCACCACAAUGCUUUAAGUAUUGUGGAUGACAGCCAUCCUUUGUCGCCUGAGUUGAGCUCUGCUUUCCACAGGUUGCAAAAAGAGUCUGCCACUGUCGCCUUUGUCGUGAAGGAGGAGCUGGAAGUUCGGAUCUCCAUGGGCGGCCCCGAGGGCAGAGCCAACUUCGCAGCAUUUGGAUGUUCAGCUCCAGUCCUAAGGCAGUGGUUGGAGAAGUUGCAGACCAUGGCUAGGGCAGGGCACUUGCGCAAGAGCUAUGGUGGUGCAUUGGACUUUGAGGCUCCGCGGCUCUCAUGGAUGGAGCAGGAGAGUGGUGGGGGUGACAGUCGUGAAGGUUUGGGAGAUCUCUCGCCGCUAUCUCCGAAGAGUGAAGGUGGUGCACUCCGUUGUGAGUCCGAGCAGGACGAUGAUCCGUUCGCUAUUUGGGCCAGGCUUCGGCCUAGCUUCUGUGCAGAAAUGCAGAAGGCAGUUGAGUCAGCUGAACAACGGGAAGCCAUGCAGAUGAACAAACAAAGGGUGGAGACGGUGAAAGAUUGUGAUUUGGAGGACUCAUCUGAGGAGGAGGCAGCUGCUGCAGACACGAACGAAAAUAGCGGCUCCGAUUCGACCGAGGCUGAAGAAGAUGUACCUUUGGAGCGCUUGAAGCGGCUGGAGAAGCGCUUGAAAUACCACAGACAUGGCCUGCGAAAGGCUUUGAGAGAAGGAGAGAGGGAUGCGGCUGAAAUCCUCUCUUACUUCGGUGAGCCUCCAGCACCACGGUUGAGGGGUUCUUUAGCUUCAUUGCAGGAAUUCCUAGUAAACGUCAACACCUUUGCCAAGCACUUUGCAUGUGCUGUGCGUGAGGUGCGCGCUCAUCAUCAGCGUCAGCGGAGCGACUCUCUUGCUCGGCGCAUGGGGCAGGACACUUCGAGGCGGUUCGCACGCAGCAGCAGCACUGGUGCUAUUGGUCGUACUGAAACUGCUGCUCCAAGUGGGCAGCCGCGGCGACUGCGGCGCACCAAGACGCGCCUCGACAAUCAAGCUGAGCGCCCAGUGUUGUUGGCAAACGAUAUCAAAGCGCAGCUCUUAGCUCCAGGGUCGAUCGAUCCCUUCAAGCGAGGACGCAGCACGAAACCGAUUCCAGCCGGCACUGCUGUGCGCGAUGUGCCUGGCUGGGACUGA